AUGGCCAUUAUUGAAUUACAUCCUGAACAAUUAGAUAUUGGUGAACACGUAAUUGGACACCAAUCUCGCAUACAAGAAGUGAAGUCACUUUUGGAUAUUGAAUCUAGUAACACUGUUUAUAUGGUGGGAAUUCAUGGAACUGGUGGAAUUGGCAAGACAACAUUAGCCAAAGCUCUAUACAACUUGACUUUCAAUCAAUUUGAAUGUGCAAUAUUUCUAGAAGGCGUUAGAGAAACUUCAAGCAACAUGGGUCUUGUACAUUUGCAAGAGGCAAUUCUAUCUAAGUUGCUUGAAGGGAAAACUAUUAGGUUCGGUAGUGUGGAUGAAGGUGCUGCUAGAUUAAAAGAGAGGCUUCGAAAUAGGAGAAUUCUUCUGGUGCUUGAUGAUAUUGAUAGUGUGGAGCAGUUAGAGAAACUAGCUGGAAAGAGCAAUUGGUUUGGUUCAGGUAGUAGGAUCAUUAUAACAACAAGGGAUAAGCAUGUGCUGGCUGUUCAUGAUGUUGAGAAGAGAUAUGAAAUGAAAGAGUUGAAUGAUGAUGAAGCACUUCAACUUUUUAGUUGGAAAGCCUUUAAAAUGAGUCAACCUCCAAUCAACUAUGAAGAUGUGUCUAACCGUGCAGUGGGUUAUGCCAAAGGCCUUCCAUUGGCAUUAAAAGUAAUAGGAUCAAAUUUGGUUAGAAAAUCUGUGCAGGAAUGUGAAUAUGCAUUGAAACAAUAUGAGAGGAUUCCAGAAAGAAAGAUUCAAGACAUACUCAAGGUAAGCUAUGAUUACUUAUCAGAGAUUGCACAAUAUGUCUUCCUAGACAUUGCUUGCUUUUUUAAAGGGGAGAGCAUGGAAUAUGUUGAAAGGAUUUUGGAAAAAUGUGACUUUUACCCAACAUACAAUAUUGGAAUACUUGUUGACAAAUCUCUUCUUACUGUUGAUCAAUAUGGUCACUUAAGGAUGCAUGAUCUAGUACAAGACAUGGGCAAAGAAGUUGUUAGACAAGAAGCACCCAGAAAACCCGGUGAACGUAGCAGAUUAUGUUUUCAAGAAGAUGUUAUUCGUGUUCUAAAAGAGAAUUCAGGAAGCAGUAACAUUGAAGGAAUAAUUCUUGAUCCACCUAAGAAAGAAGAAGUAAAAGUAGAUUGGAGUGGUUUUGCCUUUGAGAAGAUGAAUAAUCUUCGAAUACUCAUUGUUCGGAAUGCAUGCUUUUCAUCACCACCUAGUUAUUUGCCAGAUAGUCUAAGGUUGCUUGAAUGGAAAGGAUAUCCAUCAGAAUCUCUCCCACAAAAUUUUUAUCCUUGGAAUAAUGCUGUUGUCUUAGGUUUAUCUCAUAGUGAUUUCAGGCUUGAAAAGGACAAGCCAUUCCCGGGACUUGUGCAUUUGACUGACAUAGAUUUCUCGUUUUGUCGAUUCAUAACUCAUGUACCUGAUAUGUCUGGAGUUCCAAAUUUAACAAGUUUAAAUGUUUCUGGCUGUGAAAAUCUAAUUGCAAUUCAUCACUCUGUUGGGUUUCUUAAAAAGCUUGAAGAUUUAGAAGCAAGCUAUUGCAACAGCCUAAAAAAUUUGCCACCAACAAUAUGGUUGCCAUCUCUCCAACGUUUGAACUUCAAUUAUUCCAGAAGUAUUGAAAACUUCCCUGAUAUCAACGGAGUGAUGGAUAAGUUGUUGAAGCUUGAUUUGCAAGAUACUCAAAUUAAGGAGCUUCCACAUUCUGUAAAUAAUCUUACGGGACUUAAAAAACUAACAUUAACAUCCUGCGGAAGACUAGGAGAACUACCAAACAGCUUAUUCAUGUUACCAAAGAUUGAAGAGUUCUAUAUAGUCCGUUGUCAUAAAGUAAGAGAAUCAUUUAGAAAAUUCCAAAACAGCCAUGUAAUCAAUGGCCAGUACUCUCCUUUGCGACGAUUGACUUGUAUAAAUUGUGGUCUAACUGAUGAAGAUCUCCACUUUCUUCUUACCUUUUUUCCCAACUUAGAAAUGCUAAUGGUGCCAUGCAACAAGUUUGUGUUUGUGCCCACCCGCAUUAAGGAGUGUGUUAACUUAAACUUUCUUGAUGUGAGUUUUAGCCCGAAGCUUCAAGAAAUUCCAGAGCUACCACCAAGCAUUUAUAGAAUAUUUGCUAGACGUUGUCCAUCCUUAACUUCAGAAACAUCACGAAUGUUAUGGUCCAAGGCAUUAAAAGAAGUGAAUUUUCUUUACAUCUCUAUGCCCGAAACCCUCAUUCCAGAAUGGUUUGAUCAUCGUUGUGAAGGAGGGACUGUGUCUUUUUGGACUCGUGGAAAGUUUCCUGUGGUUGCUUUAGCAUUUCUCUAUAAAGAUAUACCAAAAGAUAAGCUAUUUUUAAGCGAUGUAAUGGCUGAUCCCUUCCAUCUUGAAUUGAACAUCAAUGGCCUCAAAGUUAAGAUAGCAAGGUUUGAUUACACAGUCAAAUAUAGAUCUGGAGAUGAGGAAGGAGAUCAAGUGGUAGUGUGUGAUGUACGAUCUAAGAUCGAUGCUGAAAUGUGGCCAACCCUAGACUCAUUGCUUGUGUCUGAGUGGAAUUAUGUGGAGUUUAAGUGUAAUUUACCUGUGAGUUAUUGUGGAGUUUAUGUGUAUAAGCAUGAAACUAACGUGGAUGAUAUUAAAUUCACAUGUCCCACCCAAUCCAUUGAAGCAGAAACACCUUCAAUCAUCUACCAAAAAAGCGUGCAAGAAAGCUCAAGUCAAAAGGUGGAGGAAGAAAAGACAACAAAAAAAGCAAGAAGGAAAUCGGUUUUGAACUUCAUCUUCCGAAAGAAGAAUUUACAAGGUGCUAUUAUAAAUCUAUAUACCAAUAUCUACCCUACCUUGCUGAAUGCACUUGCGCUUGUUUUGUUCAUCAUGGCAACUCAUGAAUUCAAUUGUUGUCACGAUGUUUUUCUCAGUUUUACAGGGCAAGACACCCGCCACACCUUUACGGGUCAUCUCUAUGAUGCUUUGCGAAGGAAGGGAAUCAACACCUUCAUAGACGAAAAUGGAUUAGAGGGUGGGGAUCAAAUUUCAGAGUCUCUCAAUCAAGCAAUUGAAGAAUCACGGAUUUCAGUUGUUGUUUUAUCUGCAAACUAUGCAUUUUCAAAGUGGUGUCUCAAUGAACUCGUCAAGAUAGUGGAAUGUAGAGAGACGAAGAAUCAACUGGUUUGGCCAGUCUUUUAUAAGGUGGAACCAUCUGAUGUAAGGCAUCAGAGAAAUAGUUAUGGCAAAGCCAUGGAUGAACAUGAAAAUAGGUUUGGAAAGAAAUCUGAACUUGUGCAGAAAUGGAGGUCAGCUUUGUCUCAAGUAGCCAACUUAAAAGGAUGGCAUUUUGAAAGUGGAUACGAAUAUCAAUUUAUCCAAAAGAUCGUUGAAAUGGCCGUCGUUAAAUUACAUCGUCAACAGUUAGAUGUUGGCCAACACGUAAUUGGACACCAUAGCCGCAUAGAAGAAGUGAUGUCACUUUUAGAUAUUGAGUCUAGCGAAAAGGUUUGCAUGGUGGGAAUUCACGGAACUGGAGGAAUAGGCAAAACAACACUUGCCAAAGCCCUCUAUAACUUAAUUGCUGAUAAAUUUAAAUGUGCAGUUUUUCUUGAAGGUGUGAGAGAAAGAUCAAAUAAAAUUGGUCUCGUGAAUCUCCAAGAGACAAUUCUAUCUAAGCUUCUUGAAGGGAUGAGUAUCAACUUGGGAAGUGUUGAUGAAGGUGCCGCUAGAUUAAAAGAGAGGCUUUCUCAUAGGAGAGUUCUUCUAGUGCUCGAUGAUGUUGACAAUGCGGUACAAUUAGAAAAACUAGCAGGAAAGUGUAGUUGGUAUGGUCAAGGUAGUAGGAUCAUUAUAACAACAAGAGAUAAGCACGUGCUCAAUGUUCAUGAGGUGGAAAAGAGAUAUGAAAUGAACGUGCUAAGUAAACAUGAAGCUCUUCAACUUUUUUGCUUGAAAGCCUUCAAAAUGAGUCAACCUGCAACCAACUAUGAAGACGUGUCUAACCGUGCAGUUCAAUAUGCCAAGGGUCUUCCAUUGGCUUUAGAAGUAAUAGGAUCCAACUUGGUAAGCAAAUCUGUGAAGGAAUGUGAAUGUGCAUUGGAACAGUAUGAGAGGAUUCCAGAAAGAAAGAUACAUGACAUACUUAGGGUAAGCUAUGAUUCCCUGCCGGAGAAUGCACAGCAUAUAUUCCUAGACAUUGCUUGCUUUUUUAAAGGGAAUAGACGAGACCAUAUUGAAAAGAUUUUGGAUAGAUGUGACUUUUACCCUACAUACAAUAUUGGAAUACUCAUUGACAAAUCUCUUCUAACUGUUGAAGAGCAUAAUUGCUUAACGAUGCAUGAUCUAAUACAAGACAUGGGCAAAGAAGUGGUUAGGCAAGAAGCACUAAACACACCCGGUGUACGCAGCAGGUUAUAUAAUCAAGAAGAUGUUCUCAGGGUUUUAACAGAAAAUUCAGGAAGCAGUAAUAUUGAAGGAAUUAUUUUGGACCCUCUUGAGAAAAAAGAAAUAGAAAUCGAGUGGGGUGGUACUGCCUUCGAGAAUAUGAAUAAUCUUCGAAUUCUCAUUCUGCGGAAUGCACGCUUUUCAUCAGCACCUAAUUAUCUGCCGAAUAGUCUAAGGUUGCUUGAAUGGAAUGGGUACCCAUCAGCAUCUCUGCCACCAGGAUUUUAUCCUAGGAAUGCUGUUGUCUUAGGUUUACCAUAUAGUCAACUCAAACUAGAUAAGAGAGAGCCAUUCCUGAGGCUCAAGCAUUUGACUAGUUUAAAUUUCUCGUCUUGUGAAUUCAUAACCCAUGUGCCUGAUGUAAGUAUUGAAUUCUUCCCUAACAUAGAGGGAGUGAUGGAUAAGCUAUCAUUCAUAGAUUUGGGUCACACUCAAAUUGAGGAGUUGCCACAUUCAGUAGAGAAUUUUACAGGACUUGAAACUGUACAUAUGCCAUAUUGCAGUCGUUUAAGAAAUCUUCCAAGUGGCUUAUUUAUGUUGCCAAAGAUUACAGAGUUAUAUUUAAGAGACAGUGACAAAGUUCGAGAAUCUUUCAGAAGGUUCCAAAAUAGCCUUGUAUUAGCAACGAAUGGCAAUUUGAACCAACCACUUUAUUCUACUUUGAGACGAUUGUCUUGUAGAAAUUGUGAUUUAACCGAUGAAGAUCUCCAUUUUAUUCUAAAUUGUUUUCCAAACUUGGAAGAGCUAUUAGUGCCAUGGAAUUAUUUUUUGUCUCUUCCAACCUGCAUUAAAGAAUGUUCUAACUUGACAGUUCUUGAUGUAACUCAUAGCAUGGAUCUUGAGGAAAUUCCAGAGCUACCGCCAUCUAUUCAGAGAGUGUUAGCUAGAGGUUGUGUAUUCUUAACCUCAGAAACGUCAAGAAUGUUAUGGUCUCAGGCAUUUAAUGAAGUUUAUAAAUUACAUGUGGUUAUGCCCAAAACCCAGAUUCCAAAUUGGUUUGACCAUCGUUGCAAAGGAGGGAUUGUGUCUUUUUGGGUUCGUGAAAAGUUUCCCGUUGUUGCUUUAGCAUUUCUCUUGGACAAGGUGCCGCCAUCACCAACCGAAUACAUAAGAGCAAGUAGUUACCAAAUUGCUGUACGCUUGUACAUUAAUGGCGUCGAGGUUGAUAACUUUUGUGACAAAACAGAUUACUGGUCAACGAUUGAAAGUGACCACAUGAUAUUAUGUGAUGUACGAUCUCAGAUUGAUGUUGAAGAGUGGCCAAUCCUUGACACGUUGCUUGUGUCCGAGUGGAAUUACGUGGAGUUGAAAUGCCAUUUACCAUACGAAGAUUGGAACGUGAGUUACUGUGGAGCUCACGUGUAUAAGCAAGAAACCAAUGUGGAUAAUAUCCAUUUCACGUGUCCCAAUCCAUUGAAGCGAUCACUAUCGGCAAGUCAUAAUCCACCCAAGAAGCGUCUACGAAAGCUCAUGCCUAAAAGUAGCAGAAGAAAGAACCAUGCAAAGGAAAUCAACUCAGUUCCAAACUUCGCGUUCCGGCAGAAGAAUGAAAAUGGUAUUUCCGAUGAGUAA